CUAGCUCUGUCCCGCGCUGAAUGCCAUCUCCCGGCACCAUGAGCCAUCACUCGUCCGGCCUCCGGUCCAGCCUCGGCUCCACCUCGUACCGCCGGGCCUUCGGGCCGCCGCCCUCGCUGUCCCCCGGGGCUUUCUCCUACUCCAGCUCCCGCUUCUCCAGCAGCCGCCUGCUGGGCUCCGCGUCCCCGAGCCCCCCGGCGCGGCUGGGCAGCUUCCGUGCCCCCCGGGCGGCGGCGCUGCGCCUGCCCUCGGAGCGCCUGGACUUCUCCAUGGCUGAAGCCCUCAACCAGGAGUUCCUGGCCACCCGGAGCAACGAGAAGCAGGAGCUGCAGGAGCUCAAUGACCGCUUCGCCAGCUUCAUCGAGAAGGUGCGCUUCCUGGAGCAGCAGAACGCGGCCCUGCGCGGGGAGCUGAGCCAGGCCCGGGGCCAGGAGCCGGCGCGCGCCGACCAGCUGUGCCAGCGCGAGCUGCGCGAGCUGCGGCGCGAACUGGAGCUGCUGGGCCGCGAGCGCGACCGGGUGCAGGUGGAGCGCGACGGGCUGGCGGAGGACCUGGCGGCGCUCAAGCAGAGGUUGGAGGAGGAGACUCGCAAGCGGGAGGACGCGGAGCACAACCUGGUGCUCUUCCGCAAGGAUGUGGACGACGCCACCCUGUCCCGCCUGGAGCUAGAGCGCAAGAUCGAGUCUCUGAUGGACGAGAUCGAGUUCCUCAAGAAACUCCACGAAGAGGAGCUCCGAGACCUGCAGGUGAGCGUGGAGAGCCAGCAGGCGCAGCAGGUGGAGGCGGAGGCGGCGGUGAAGCCCGAGCUGACGGCGGCGCUGAGGGACAUCCGCGCGCAGUACGAGAGCAUCGCGGCCAAGAACCUGCAGGAGGCGGAGGAGUGGUACAAGUCCAAAUACGCCGACCUGUCGGACGCCGCCAACCGCAACCACGAGGCCCUCCGCCAGGCCAAGCAGGAGAUGAACGAGUCCCGCCGGCAGAUCCAGAGCCUCACGUGCGAGGUGGACGGGCUGCGGGGCACGAACGAGGCGCUGCUCAGGCAGCUGCGGGAGCUGGAGGAGCAGUUCGCCCUGGAGGCCGGAGGCUACCAGGCGGGCGCGGCGCGGCUGGAGGAAGAGCUCCGACAGCUCAAGGAGGAGAUGGCGCGGCACCUGCGCGAGUACCAGGAGCUGCUCAACGUCAAGAUGGCCCUGGACAUCGAGAUCGCCACCUACAGGAAGCUGCUGGAGGGCGAGGAGAGCCGGAUCUCCGUGCCCGUUCAUUCCUUCGCCUCGCUCAGUUUGAAGACGACUGUGCCUGAGGUGGAGCCUCUCCAGGACAGCCAGAGCCGGAAGAUGGUUCUCAUCCGGACUAUUGAGACCCGGGAUGGGGAGCAGGUGGUGACUGAGUCCCAGAAGGAGCAGCACAGCGAGGUGGACAAGUCUUCCAUUCACAGCUACUGAGUCCCGUGCAGAGCUCUGACCCUGACUGAAGCCCACUCUCCAGCUUGAACCCCAGCCCUGCUCGGCAGCCAGCCCCUCCCUGCAUGUGAAAGGAGCCCCUCCCCUCCUACCCAAGCUUCCCCUGACACAGUGGCUGCGCCUCUCCCUGUCCUGAUGCAUAGGUGUGACCCAUAGUUUUCCCGUCCUUGUAACAGUUGGAUAAAGAAGCCCAGGACAGCAAAUCUGUCCAAGAAUGACCCCGUGGUCAGAGGUCUGGGCCACAGCGUGAGCCUCACUCUGAGUCAAAUAAAACUGCUACCGA